AUGGCACAGCCUACAGCAACCCUCAACAAUAUUUUCGGCGCUCCUGUGGCGACCAAUGCGCCAUCAAACAUGUUCCCCGUGCGAAAUGACCACCCUGUGCCUCGCAAAGGCAUCAGGCAGUCAGCACCAAUUGGGACGAACAAGUUUUACGGCAAUUUCUUCCUUGGCGGCCAGAGCUCUUCGGCUUUUGUACACCCAUACUCUGUGGCUUGGGCGAAGGGUCAGGGAGCCACGUCCAGCUGGGGCAUGUGUGUGUCACACAUUGAGGCCAGCCAGAGAGUGUUUGGUGAUAAGGCUCCAGACACGGGUGCCGCAAAGUACUUCCUCAAUCCCGUCGGCAUCCAGUCCAUAUGUCUUUCGGCUGUUGAGCUUGGAGCUACCACAAUCCUGACGACGGACAAUCUGAAGGCACAAUCCGCAAACAUCAACUUGCAUAAGGAUCCCAACGCACAACCUAUGAUGACCUUCCCUCUCGUGCAGGGCAUGGGAUUUGUCACAGGCAUCUACCAUUCGGGCACGCCCGUCAUCUCUUCGGGUAUCCUUUUCAAGACAGUGACGCGUUCGAACAGGUCGCCCAAGCCCAAUGUGACAAAGUACACAAUCUACCUUGAGGACGGCAAGGUUUGGCACGUCUAUGCUACUGCACAGUCGGGCGACGAUCUGGACCUCAGGGUUAUCAAUAACGGACUUGCCAGAUCCGCGAAGCCGUUCACUGGCUACAUCCAAAUUGCCAAAGAUCCUGGUGGUGCAGAGACGAUGCUUGAUGCAGCUUCCUCCGCGUACCCUGUCGGUGUCACUGUUUCUGGCACCGCAGCCGGCAAGCGUGGCUCCUAUACAUUUACCUUCGAGAAAACUGGCGACCAGAGCACAAAAUUGUUCAUGUACGCUCUGCCCCACCAUCUUGCCAGUUUCAGUCAGACGACACUUCAAGCUGUCCAGAACCAGAUACAGCUUCAAACAACCACGAAGGGCAUGGCAAAGGCCGUCAUUGCAGAUUCCUGGACCUUGGAGGAGCCAAACAUGCCAGUUUCCAUGGACUUUGCCCCAUGGGACCCUGCUUCGGGCCCCAAGAGCACGCUGAGCAACGCAGCAAUCCAAGCUAUUCGGCCCAACGCGAUCAAGGAACUAUCGCAAGACAUGAAUGCCCAGACAAAUCAGGACUCCAUGUACUAUGGAGGAAAGGCCUUGGCCAAAUUUGCCUCCCUUUGCUAUGUGGCAAAUGACUUGCUUAAAGAUCCUGCCACGGCCAAGGCCGGCUUGGACAACCUCAAGACUGCCUUCAGCAGGUUUGCACUUAACAAACAGGUCUUUCCGCUAUACUACGAAAACGCCUGGGGUGGAAUCGUGUCGUCGGCAACAUAUACGACUGGCAACAAUGGAGCCGACUUUGGCAACACCUUCUAUAACGACCACCAUUUCCAUUAUGGCUAUUUCGUGCUCACUGCUGCCAUCAUAGGGUACCUGGACCCAUCAUGGAUGACCAAAACGAAUGUCGAUUUUGUCAACACGCUGGUCCGAGAUAUCGCGAACCCCUCCACCGCGGACAAGUAUUUCCCAGUAUCACGCAAUUUCGACUGGUUUCAUGGACACAGUUGGGCACAUGGUCUCUAUGAGACUGCCGAUGGCAAUGACCAAGAGUCGAGCUCCGAGGACGCGAUGCACGCCUAUGCCAUCAAGAUGUGGGGGAGGACCGUCAAGGAUGCCAACAUGGAAGCCCGGGGAAACCUCAUGCUUGCUGUUUUGUCAAGAUCUCUGAAUAACUAUUACCUCUACACGGCGGACAAUAAGGUGCAGCCGCCGCAAUUUAUUGGAAACAAGGUGGCGGGCAUCCUGUUCGAGAACAAGAUUGACCACACGACAUAUUUUGGCACAAACAUUGAGUAUAUCCAGGGCAUCCACAUGCUGCCGUUGCUGCCUAGCACGAAAUAUACCCGACCGUCGAAUUUCGUUAGCGAGGAAUGGACGGCACUAUUCAACCAGGGCCGGGCCGACAAGAUUGAGGGAGGCUGGCGAGGAAUUCUCUAUGGCAACCUGGCGACUUUUGAUGCCACGACGGCAUGGCAAUUCUUCACGAGGAAAGAUUUCAACCCGAGUUGGCUCGACGGUGGAGCCAGCUUGACAUGGUAUCAGGCAUAUGCGGCUGGUAAGCUGUUUCAAUGA